AUGAAGAUCAUCUGUCUCUGCUUGAAAUACGAACCGCUUCCCAAAUUUCCUUACAUGAUCCGAUUCCAUGCGGUCUUCUGUAACUCUGAUUUGAAGGAGUUGCCAAGCUUUCUUGAGAGCUGUCCAAAUCUCAAAUCCCUUGUCUUGGAGCUGGAGGAAUACAAGAAGAACGAACCACUUGUUUUCUCAUCGUCAUCAGUUCCAGAAUGUUUAAGAUCAUCGCUAGAGUACGUUGAGCUGAAAACACCCAUAAGUGGAGCUAGAGCGGAAAUGAAACUAGUAAAGUACUUUCUCGAGAAUUCGGCAGUGCUCAAGAAGUUUAAGGUGUGUUUGGGUUAUAGGAGAAUGAACCAAGAGUCAACCAUCUUUAUGGAGCUCCUGAGAUUAAAGAGAUGCUCCGCUUCUUGUGAACUUGUUGUUGAACUUGAAGAGACUUGUCCAAUACUCUCUUUUUUUUUUCCAGAAGCUAAAAUGCCAAAGUGUUGGCAAAAUCGAGCCUCGAGUAUGUUGAGACCAAACUGUGGAACUGGAAUAGAGAUGAAGCUAAUUGAGUAUUUGCUUGAGAACUCUGUGGUCCUUGAGAAGUUUCCGUUGCGUUUGGAUUGGUCUUAG